AUGGAUAACAUACCUCGCCUGUCAGAGGCUGUGUAUGUAGGACUGUGUCGUGAAGUAGGGAGUCCUUCAAUUGUGAGGAUGAGGAGAGAAAUGAUGGACACUGAUGAGGCAGUGAAUCAGCCUGUGAACAUAAUGAGAGGAUUUGAUAGAAUGGAGAGUGGGAGUAGGCGUGAGGGAUUCAGACUAAGGACUUCAGAUGCAGAUUGGAUGUUCUGGCCUCCAGACUGCAAGGUGAUAUGUGAUAUCUCUCAGAUCAUUCUCUACCGUAUUCCACAACACACUGUGAUUCUGAUGGAGUAUGAUGACCUACCACCGGGUUUUACCAGACUUAACCUGAUGAGUCAAUCUAAUAAUUCACAAACCAUUUCCUCUUGCGUAGUAGUGAAUCCCAAAGCAUACCUUUCAAGUACAUUAUUCAGAGAUAACCAUUUGCGUUUCGUAAGGUCCUGCAAUGUUCCUUUGACCAAUGCUUUCCCUCAUGGACCUUGUUCUACAUAUUCCUUAUUCCAAGAAGCUGAUACUGAUUUUGCAUUCUGUAUCCAAUCACAUCACUGGCCAAAGUUAGCACUACCGUGGAUAGAAAGAAGUAGUGAGCGGGGCUGGCCAGAUCAAAAUGUUGUAGAUGGUAUUUUAAGAGGAGGAUUUCAUGUUGUCCCUAUCGGAAGCACGUCAGAGAAUGAACUCGAAUGGAGAAUGUCUUUCUCACAAGCAGAACAAAAAGUCGUUUAUUCAAUGAAUCAUUGUCAGUUUUUGUGUUAUGGUCUCUUCAAAAUUUUUCUGAAAGAAGUUAUUAAUGGCAAGACCAAUACAUCCAUUCUUUGCUCAUACUUCAUAAAAACUAAUGUGUUUUGGGUCAUACAGAACAAUAACUCCCUGUCUUGGAAACCAGAUAACUUAUUGUCUUGUUUCUGGAAAAGCUUUAAAUUAUUGAUAUCCAUGGUGCUUACUGGAAAUUGUCCAAACUUUUUUAUUCCACAAAACAACAUGUUUAGAGUGAAAGUCACUGGUUCUGUACAAUAUUCGUUGCUAAGUCAGUUGUAUGAUUUGUACAAUAUAGGGAUAUCAUGUCUACUAUUAAGUGAAACAAUCCGACCUUACCUCAGCCUUGCUAUAUCCAACAGGAUAUUGAGAUUUAGUACAGACGAGAGAAGUAUUAUAUCAGCCACUGAUUUAGAUAGGUGUUUAUUUGGUGAAUUAUUAAUAUUUGAUCAAACUAUUCAGAGUGCUAAGGAAUUUGCAAUUUAUAUCAAACAAAUGGAGAGAAUGAUUAGGGGAGUGUUGACAUCGUAUCAAACACUCAUGUUACAAUAUAUGACAUCAAGUGUGCUAAGGAAUAUUGCCAUGUUCUUACAGAGUUGUAUGUAUCUAAAUGAAAAUGGGAACAAGGCUUGUUAUAAUGCAAAAAUAGCAGCCUUACUAAAUCAGUCCUGUAACUUUGGAUAUUUAUCUGAUAUUCUGUAUCUUGCUAUCCAUUUCUACAGAACACGUAGACACGAAGACUCACUCAGGUUCUUACAUAAAGGGCAUGAGAGAAUGACUUUACCGUAUAUCAUGUAUAUGGAGCAUGUUAAUGUUUAUAUGUACAAUUACUACAUGAAAAGGAGUUCCCUAGGUACUAAGAUGAGGAGGGCUGUUCUUAGAAAUAUUGAUAUUUAUUGUGCUUUCAGUUACAUUGACGAACUUGUUUUAGAGCAGGAGGUUAGUAAAAACAAUAGCAUGCUGACAUUACACAUCCCACCUCUGGUGAUGUUACACAUGUUGUUUAUACUGAAUCAUUACAGACUGGGUGACACAGUCAGGUCACAACAAUCUCUACAGGAUCUACAGACUCUGCUUUACAAUGAUGAUGGGACCUGUGUACCUCUUCUUCUCAGAGAUAUUUCCUGGCAAAUUCUGGGAAUCUGUCAUCAAAUUUUCGGGAAUUAUUUAGAAUCCCUACGGUGUUAUCAUUUUUCUUUACAACAAGAAUCUUUUCAUAAGCUUCAGAAAGCAACAUUGAUAAGAAUAAACAGUCUCCAAAAUGAAGCCCUUUGA